AUGACAUGCAAUCCAAAUUGGACAGAAAUUACAAAUGAACUAAGUCCAUGCGAGGAGAGUAAAAAUCGACUUGAUUUGGUUGCUCGAGUCUUUCAUGCGAAAUUGGAAGAAUUAAAGGACCAGUUAUUCAAAAGGCAAAUAUUCGAAAAAGUGUCAGCAUAUGUCUAUGUUAUUGAGCAUCAAAAAAGGGGUCUUCCGCAUGCCCACUUUUUAAUUAUCUUACAACAUGAGUGGAAACUCCAUGCACCAGAAUCUUUUGAUGAGAUCGUAUCAGCAGAGAUACCUGAUAAAAAUACAAACAUCCACCUCCAUAAUGUUGUUGUGAAGCACAUGAUGCAUGGACCAUGUGGAGUAUUGAAUCCAUCAAAUGUUUGCAUGAAAGGAAAUCGUGGAUGCAAAAGUAAUUAUCCAAAGAAUUAUGCAUCUGCAACAACUGUUGGAAACGAUUGCUUCCCAAUAUAUAGGCGCUCAAACAAUGGAAUGACUGUGAAGGUCCGAGGAAAAAAUCUAGACAAUCGUUUGGUUGUUCCAUACAACCCGUAUCUCCUUGCAACAUUUGACUCUCACAUUAAUGUAGAGAUUUGUUCUACAAUAAAAGCAGUGAAAUAUCUUGACAAGUACAUUUAUAAAGGUCAUAAUUGUGUCGCUUUCAACUUGGUUUCUGAAACAAACAAUCAACAAGUUGAUGAAAUCCAACAAUUCCAGUCUGCCCGAUGGAUUGCUCCCCUAGAAGCAAUGUGGAGAAUAUAUGGAUUUAUUAUCAAUGAGAUGUCCCCAGCAGUGUAUAGUUUUCAUUUACAUCUGGAGGAUCAACACCCGAUCACUUUCCAAGCAAACGACGAUCUAAUUAACAUCCUCAAUUUAGACCGUUCUAGAAAAACUAUGCUAACACAAUUCUUUGCAUUAAAUUGA